AUGGACAGUAUACUUACCUACUGAAUAAAAGACAAUGCUGAUUAUGUUGAAAAAACAAUUAUUACUGGAGUUUUAAAAUGCGGUUUGCCUUGUCUAAAUAAUUUUAUGGUAAAUAGUGUUGUGGAUCAACAGUUUUCAGAGUAUUAUGGCUUUACAGAGAGUGAAGUUGAUAAAAUUUUAAGAGAAGCCUCAGUUUGAAAUACAGAAGAGGAUUUUGAACUAAAUAAAAGGCAAAUAGCUUCUUGAUAUGACGGCUAUAGAAGUGGAGAACUCAGCAUUUACAAUCCCUGGUCAAUUAUGAAUUGCUUUUUUGCAGCUCAAUCUGGAGAAGAAAACAUAUAUAGAGAUUAUUGGAUUGAUAGAGAAAGCGAUUAUGAACUUAAAAAUUUCAAUUGCGAAAAUCAAUUGUAUGAGUUACUAAGAAAAGGAUAUAUAGCUUUAGAAAGCGAAUUGCCGACUGCAGUAAAUAUAACAAGAGUUUCAAAUAAUAAAAAACAGUUUUUUGCACUCCUCCUCCAUUUAGGAUACUUGACUCUCCUUCAUAAGCCAAAAAAAUGAGAACACUGAAAGGUACAUUUCUCUUUGAGAAUCAAUAAACGAAUGAAUUUAUGUCAUGCCCAAUAUAGAAGUCAAAAAAUUCGUUUUUGAUACUCUCAUAGAAAAUUGACUUGAGAAUCUAGGAAAUAA